UUCAAUUUCCCCGGACUAUCAGAAAAUGAUGUGUCCAUUGACGUCCACAACGGCCGCUUGACUGUGUCAGCUGGGAGUAAUACCUCAGGCGAGCACAAGAGGGAUAGUGCUAUUCGGGAGAGGAGGUAUGGGUGUCAAACGUUUCAGCUUCCC